CCCGGCGAGCAUUUCCGGCGCCGCGGAAUUCCGGGUGCCGGGUGCGGCUGCUUGCUGGUCCGCCCGGUUGUGGCCGAGGAGAUCCCAUGAGCGCGGCUCCCUUGGUGGGCUACAGCAGCAGCGGCUCGGACGAUGAGGAUGAGGUCGAAGCCGGGGCUCAGGCCCUGCCGGGGGCUGGACGCCGCCCUCGUGGCCAGAGCCCCCUUCCCAGCCAGCGGCUGCCAGUUCCGGACAGUGUGCUGCACAUGUUCGCAGGCACUGAUGAAAGGCCUGAAGAUGACAGCGCAAAACAUGGGGGCCGUGUGCGCACCUUUCCCCACGAGCGGGGCAACUGGGCCACCCACGUCUACGUGCCGUAUGAAGCCGGGGAGGAGUUCCUGGACCUGCUUGACGAACUGCUGCCCCGCGCCCAGAAGUACGUCCCCCGGCUGGUGAGGAUGGAGGCCUUCCACCUCAGCCUGUCCCAGAGUGUGGUUCUGCGGCAUCACUGGAUCCUUCCCUUCGUGCAGGCCCUGAAGGACCGCGUGGCCUCCCGUCACAGAUUCUGCUUUACUGCCAACCAGGUAAAGAUUUACACCAAUCAAGAGAAAACCAGGACCUUUCUCGGGCUCGAGGUCACCUCCGGGCACGCCCAGUUCCUGGACCUGGUCUCAGAGGUAGACAGGGUCAUGGAGGAAUUCGACCUCACCCCUUUCUACCAGGAUCCUUCCUUCCACGUCAGCCUGGCCUGGUGUGUGGGUGAUGCUCGGCUCCAGCUGGAAGGGCAGUGCCUGAGGGAGCUGCAGGACGCUGUGGACCAGAUGGAAGACGCCGAGCUGCUGCUGCGCAUGCACGCCGAGCAGGUCCGCUGCAAGUCUGGGAACAAGUUCUUCUCGAUGCCUCUGAAGUGAGCACCGAAGCCCUCCUCGUCCCAGGACUCGCCGCAGGAGCCACGGGAGGCCUGGUGGUCCAGGCCGCCGGCCGGCGGGUUCUCUCCUGGCCCUUUUGGGUUGCAGGACCCGCGCUGCUGCGUUGUGGUCAUUCCCAAAGAUCACCAGUAGAGGGCAGACUGGGCUCCCUUGUACUAGGUCUGAUUUCUUCCACAAAGGCACACAAAAUGGGGUCACUCAGUGAGCCCACCCGUACUUGCCAGUAUCCCCACUGUAGUCCCUCCAACAAGCGGCCCCUCCCCACGCUCCCCCACGGCCCCUUCAGCUGUUUGCAUCCUGAUGCCAUUGGCCUCCGACCAGCUCCAGCCAGGACGCGGGGUGCUUCAAUGGGUCCGUCACCCUCCCUUGUUGAGGCUUGUCACUUUAUUCCUAGUGUCACCUCUUCCUAUGCCAUCGGACGCCAUUCCAGGGCCAAGGUACAGGGUGCUAAUUGGAGGUUCAGCAGCAGUUUUCUCCAUUCCUUCAUCCCACUCGCCCCCCGCCAGGUGCCUGGGGAGACUUGAGCAGAUGUUUCAUUUUGGCCUCGCCGGUGGCUUUCCGCCAGGCCUCCAACGCUUUGUGACCUCUGGUUUCCCAUCAGCUUUCCAAGAGGCUGAGAGGCACCUCCCCCCAACCCAGGCUCGCUUUCCACAGCCCCCAACAGCCUGCUCUGGCCUGCGGGCCUUCAGAGGGGACAAGGACGGGGGCCGGGCUGCACAGGCCUGCUACUCUGAGCCCUCACGAGAGCGAAGGACCAGUCCUCUCCAGUUGCCGUCCGGACUACUGGUGAUGGAUGAAGAGAUAGUUUCAUGUUAGAG